CGCCCCGCCCUUAUAUAGCCGCGGCGGCAGCCAAUCAGCGCCGCCCGCCGCGCGCCGCCGCACAGCGCCCCCCGGCGGCGCCCGCCCGCAUCGCACCCCCCGCGCUCCACCCCCCCCCCUCCCUCCCCGCCGCCUCCCGCCGCCAUGGGCGUGCUGCCGGUGCCGGCCGGGGUGCGCGCCAUCCUGCUGGACGUGGAGGGCACCACCACCCCCAUCGCCUUCGUGCAGGAGACCUUGUUCCCCUACGUCAGAGACAACCUGAGGGACUACCUGCGCGCCCACUGGGAGGAGGAGGAGUGCCAGCGGGACGUCGGCCUCCUGAGGAAGCAGGCCCAGGAGGACGCCGGCCUGGACGGAGCCGUGCCGAUCCCCUUGGAGAGCGGAAGCGGGGACGAGGAGCUGGAGCGGGUGAUCCAGGCUGUGGUGGACAACGUGCUCUGGCAGAUGGCUCUGGACAGAAAGACCACGGCGCUCAAACAGCUGCAGGGACACAUGUGGCGGGCAGCCUACACCACGGGGCACGUGAAAGGAGAAGUCUUCGAGGACGUGGUGCCAGCCAUCCGGAAGUGGAGGGAAGCCGGCAUGAAGGUCUACAUCUACUCCUCAGGCAGCGUCGAAGCCCAGAAGCUUCUGUUCGGAUACUCUACAGAAGGUGAUAUCCUAGAGCUCUUCGAUGGCCACUUUGAUACCAAAAUAGGCCCCAAGGUAGAAAGCGAGAGCUACAGGAGGAUCGCCGCGAGUAUAGGAUGCGCCACUAACAACAUCCUCUUCCUGACCGACGUCCCUCGAGAAGCGAACGCAGCCGAGGAAGCGGACACUCACGUGGCUGUGGUGAUCAGACCUGGCAACGCAGGACUGACGGACGAUGAGAAAUCCUAUUACAGCCUCAUCUCAUCUUUCACUGAACUUUUCCUGCCUUCCUCCACUUAGGGAAAGCCGUGCGUGCAGAAAAGGCUGUGCUCCAGCUGAAUUGUCCUCGUGUAACUUUAGGUGAUACUGUCCUUAAUCAGAAUUUACUAUCAAACCCACAUCAUGUAUUGGACCCACGACUAGUGCAGGUAUGGAUGGAAAGUACGGUGUGGGGUUCCUUGUGCAGGACGUUUUGGCUGCCACAGAGAAAGCCAGCCCUUGGCGCAGGCAAGCUCUUUAGACCAGGAGUGACUUAAAUCUUGGCUACACCCACAGCAGGUCCUAGGUACAAAACAGCACGCCUUGUGUCUGGGUGCUGCUAAAACAGCCAGCCUAGAGACCGAAGCAGAGCGAAUAAUAAAAAUUACAUUCCUUAAAAACUAAAUUCUAGACCCACCUCAUGCUGCUGCCGGGUGGUGCUGGGCUACAGGAUCCCACCAGCUGAGCCCUGACAUCAGCUUGGCUGCGUUUCUGAAGCAUCUCCCUUAAUGCUAACUGGUGAGCUCCUCCUCAGUAGCGGCACCACUCAGCAUAGCAUGGGUCAGCUCUGAGCAGACCUUGGCAAACAACUGCUGUUGAGGGCCAUAUCCUGCUGUAUUUGAAGAGAAUCAAACCCCAGAUCUUUUCACCCACCCUACCUAAAUCGUGCCAAUUUAUAGCAGUGGUCAUGGAGCUUUUCCUCACGUAGCCAAUAAAGACACAUCUUUGCUUUCAUUGUGUUUACUAUUCCAGUAUUUAGCCUUGCUAUCUAUCAUCAGUGAGCCCAGCACCUAAAGGCAAUUGUUUGUUUUUAGUUGUCUGUGUUUUUUUUUAAACACUUUGGGAUUUUUCCUGCUUUCGCCGUCCCUGGUCCAUUUUGUGGUGGCGGACAAGCCUGUCCUGCAGAGGAAGCAGCAUUACCUCCCUGCCCAGCUCGUGAUUUCAGCAGGGACUUGGAGAGAGCCACAGUGAGGUUAAACCAUGCCAGGGCAGAGGCAGUCUGACACCUUGCUGCUGGCACCUGGCGCACGGGCAUCGCUUGCUGCUUACUCGUGUCUGUGCGGCUGCGCUGGAGAUUGCCCUCAUGGCGCUGGCAACCAAAUGGCCAGAGCAGACCAGCAGGCAUGUGCGUGCCGCCUCCCCGAGCCCUGCUGCGCAUCCACAGCUGGCCCUGCUGAGGCUGCGGCGGGGAGAAUGAGCAAGAGAAAAGCGCUGGGGGAGGGAACCACCUCAUCCCAGCGCUGCCCUUCUGAAACUCUCGGUGGCAGCUGUGAGGCAGCUAGUCCGACUGCCUCGCUGGGCUGCGUGAUCUUCCUCUUAGAAAGAGCCUGCUAACUAGCACCGUUACAAUCAGUGUGCCCGCAUGGCUGAGUAGUCCCUGGCUUUGUAUAGUGUUAAUUUGCAUCAUGACGGUGUAAACGCCUUCUGUUUUGCCUUUGCCCUCAUAAAGCUAUGCAUGGGAUAGGGGACAAAAAUAAAACUCUCUUUCUCCAUAAAA